AUGAAUCUGCGGAACAACAAACGUGCCGGCUCACCUAAUGCCGCCUCAAACACUAACAAGACUCGCAAAACUCAAAAGAAUCGUAGUUCAAAGCAACAGAAUCAAAACAAUGCGGCUGACGAUGAUUCUCAUGGUGAUGGGCAAAACUCUCCAGACCCUCCUAGUUCUCUGUUACCGGAAGAACUGGAAUCAGGCUUCCGCUGCUGUGAUGAUUCACAAAAGAAGAGAUGGCUAAGCGACAUCAAAGAAGGACACUUUUUUAUUGAAAAAAUUCCACCUUCUGAAUUACCACCAAAACAAAAGACUACGAAAAAAAAACCCAGCAAACAAAAGAAAUCUCAAAUUGCUUCCCAAACCUCAGCGGCCUCUCCUACGAUCACUCAAGGCACUCAAAAUCAACCAAUCGGUGAUUCUGAUCAUACUCAAACAACCUCGGGUCAAAGCCACGCUCAAACAAGUCAGUCAAAAUCCGUCAAGACCAUGAAAUCGUCCAAGAAAUCAUCGAAGAAGCUGUCAUCCAAAAAAUCGGCCAAGGAGACUCGUGUCAAUAGUGAAGAAGAAGAAGAAUCUACGGAAGAGUCCGAAGAAGAGGAAGAAGAUCCAACCCAUGACUUAUCAGAUUCUGAGCCUGAAUCCGACUCCGAUGCUUGAUACUUUACACAAUCAAUGACUGUGAUUACGUUGUGAGACAAUCUUAAAUAGUGCUCAGUUGUCUUUUUUAUCACACCCCAAUGUCUUUUUUAUCACACCCCAAUUUUUGAUCGACUUGAAGUGUAUUGCGUUACAUAUUUCAAAAACCUAGUCGCUCUGUCUUACCUGAAUCAAGUUUUUUGAUUCAAAGAUUUAUUGAAAAGAUUACUCAGUUAUUGAAUAGAGGUUGUGAUCUAUAAAGGUUCAUUCAAGUUGAUCUAAAUUGCAUAGUUUAGUAGGAGUUGUCUGAGUUCUUUUCCCUUCAUAUUUUUUUACUCUUUCAUUUGUUGUGUCAAUUGAUCUUGCCAUUUGAUCC